AUGCCACUCGAUUCAAAACUCGUAAUAUAUCUGCUAAUACUCGCCGGAGGCGUCACUUUCAUCCAAGGCGUUGACUUCCCGCAGUGUGAAAAUGUGGAGCCCAACACCUUCGUCAUGGCCAUCGAUGAUUGCGCCUCUUACAUUUAUUGCAACGGAGCGGACUCGUUUAGGGACAGUUGUCCGGAGCACACAUACUUUGACGAUGCGACUCAGGAGUGUGCCUUUGACGAUGCCGGAGUCUGUCUCAGAGGAACGGAGACCAUUCUGACAGAAGAGGAGGUAGAGGAGAACGACCUAGCACCAAUGGCCGUUUCACCUGCACCUUUUCAGGAUACCACUCCUGGCCCCUUUACGCAUUCUCCGACUGCCACACCAGUCUAUACGGCAGUUAGUCGUCCGCACUGCGAGCCAGCUGGCGAUGCUGUUCAUCCUCAUCCGCAGCGUUGCGAAUACUACUAUCGAUGCCUCAGCGGUUACCUGACCAUAGUCCGAUGUCCUUACAACUACGGAUGGGACUUUGCAUUGGAGCAAUGCAGGCCGAGCACCGAGGCCCGGUGCUUCAGCUCGUAG